CUCACACACACAAUGGCGACAAUAAGAGGAGCCACAGCGGCCACAAGGGCGACGUCGAGGAUCCUCACGACCGCGCGGCCACGAGUUGCGCGCGCGCGUGCCGCUGUCCCCGCCGCCGUGCGCCAGCUCAACACGAUCAACCAGGACGAGAUCUCGCACUUCUCCCGGCUGUCGCAGCACUGGUGGGACGAGGCAGGCGAGUUUGCGCUCCUGCACCGCAUGAACCCCGAGCGUGUCGAGUACAUCCGCCAGAAGGUUGCCCUCGACCCGCGCACCGAGCCCGAGUGGACGUUUGAAGGACGGCACGGCGACCGCGCGCGCGCGGAGGCUCGCGGCGCCGGACGCUGGCUCGAGGGCAAGCGGUGUCUGGAUGUGGGGUGCGGCGGUGGGCUGCUUGCUGAGACCCUUGCGCGCCUCGGCGGCGACGUCGUGGCCAUCGACGCCUCGGGCGACAACAUUGCGAUUGCGCGGACACACGCCUCGGCUGACCCGCUCCUCCCAUAUGUUGGCGAGGACGGCUCGGCACCGGCCAACGUCCCAGGACGGCUCGAGUACCGGCACACGUCGGCCGAGGCGCUGCGCGCCGCGGGCGAGACGUUUGACCUCGUGUGCAGCAUGGAGGUGCUCGAGCACGUCGACCAGCCGGGCGAGUUCCUCAAGUGUCUCGGGGACAUGGUGCGCCCCGGCGGCGACCUCGUCAUGUCGACCAUCUCGCGCACGCCCCUGAGCCAGCUGCUCACGAUCACGCUCGCCGAGGACCUGCUGCGCUUCGUCACGCCCGGCACGCACACGUACCGCAAGUUUGUGCGACCCGAGGAGCUGCGCCGCUUCGUGUACGCCGACAUGGGCGGGCACGCUGUGUGGGAGCCCAUCUCUGGCGCGGCCGACAUCCGCGAGGGCGAGGUCGGCGAGACGCAGGGCAUCAUCUACGACCCGCUCGGCGCGCGCUGGCGUCUCUGGCCCGGCGCCGAGGGCACGUGGCAGAAGGGGCUCGGCGAGAUUGUCAACUACAUGUACCAUGCGAAGAAGAAGGCAUAGGGGGAGGGGCAUAGGGGGU